GCGGUGCGGCCGCGGUGGCGGCUCCAGCGCAGCGCUCGGGCCUGUCCGUCCCCGCGGGGCGGGAGCGGCGCCCGGGCCAGCCAGGGCAGCGCCGCACAGCCCUGCCCAGCCCUGCCCCUGCCACGGCACAGCCCUGCCCCCCGCCACGGCGGCCCGUCGGCGGCCCUGGGCAGCCCGCUCUCCUCUCCCUCAGCGUCCCCCGCCGCCCUCAGGGCCUCCCGGGAUGCGCCCGGCCCCCUGGAGCAGCGCCUCCGCCCGCCGCCCCGCUCCCUGAGCAGCCUCGCAGCCCUCCGUCCCAGCUUCUCCCCUCUCAGGUGCGGGCGGAGGCGGUGAGCGGGUGAAGCCCCCGCCCGGCGGCCUCCCCCAUGGUGGGCUUCGGGGCCAACCGGAGAGGCGGCCGGCUGCCAUCCCUCGUCUUCGUGGCGCUGCUGGUGGUGAUCGCCAUCCUCGCCUUCAACUGUUGGAACGCCUCGUCCCGCCAGGCCCUGCUGCAAGAGGAGGUGGCGGAGCUGCAGAGCCAGGCCAAGCGGACCGAGGUGGCCCGGGGCCGCCUGGAGAAGAGGAACUCGGACCUCAUGGGCAAGGUGGAUUCCCACAAGAAGCAACUGGAGCAAAAGGAGGCCGACUACAGCCACCUGAGCAGCCAGCUGCAGGCCAGGGACGGCCAGGUGAAGAAGUGCGAGGACAGCAAGAUUAAGCUGCAGAACAACAUAUCGUAUCAAAUGGCAGACAUACAUCGAUUAAAAGAACAACUAGCAGAGUUGCGGCAGGAGUUCAGUCGCCAGGAGGACCAGCUACACGAGUACAAGAAGAACAAUACUUACCUUACAAGGAGGCUGGAAUAUGAUAGUCUGCAGUGUGGGCAGCAGAUGAAGGAAAUGAGACUGCAACAUGAGGAAAACAUGAAGAAAUUAAUGGACCAAGUUGUGCGGGAACAAAAGUCUACACAAAAAAUUCAUUCCAGUAAAGACACUGAAGUGAGUCCCAGUAAUGAUGAGCAGGCUGUAUCCAAGACUGUUCCAGAAGCAGAAGAUAAAAACAUAGUAAAGAGUGAGCAGCCUUCAGAUCAUGUUGCAAAUGGCAAAGAGAAAAUCAAACCAGGAGGAGAUGCUGGCAUGCCUGAAAUAGAAGAUAAUGACCCUGCUAAAGCUGAAGAUACUCCCACUGCUUUAAAGAAGCCACUGAUGUCAGCUCCUAAAAGUGAAGGUCAGCAACCUGUUAUAAAUCUUCCAACUGAACAGCCCCAUGCUCCAAAUCUGGCACCAGGCUUGCACAGUGACAGCGAUGGGAACGCGGACGCUGCGAAGCAGAUCCCUCCAAACUCUCUCCAGCACUUACAUUUUGAAGAAAAUCUGGAAAAUCAGAACGAACACAGAAUUGAGACAGACCACAUAAAAAUUCCAAAGAGCAGAGUUAGUGACUUGCAGAAGAUUAAGCAAAGCCGGUUCUUUGAUGAGAAUGAGUCCCCUGUUGACCCGCAGCAGGGCUCUAAACUGGCAGAUUAUAAUGGGGAUGAUGGGAACGUGGGUGAGUAUGAGGCAGACAAACAGGCUGAGCUGGCUUACAAUGAGGAAGAGGAUGGUGAUGGUGGAGAAGAAGACGUCCAAGACGAUGAAGAAAGAGAGCUGCAAAAUGACCUCGUGGAUUACGGCAAACCGCGCUUCAGCGACGGCGUCCUUUAGGGCCUGAAGGAAGCAGGGAAUGUGGGUGAGAUCCCAGCUGAGGAACUUCAAGUGCUGCAAAACUGAACCAAUUUUACUCCAGCAUUUCUUACUGUGGAGGAAGCUGAGAAGAAGUGACGAGGAUACUCAGAGUAACAGAGUUCUGUACAUAUAUACAUAGUUGUACUAUGGCAAAUUGUAUUAAAACGACACUUUUUGUUGUUCCAUUGAGCCAAUUCCUCGGCCUGUACCUUACCUGUAAUAACCUCUACAUCCAAACCCCCUGUUAUAAAUACAGGCUGCAUUGUUUCUGCAAUUUAGGAAACUUUGUAAACUGGAGGACUUGUACAGUUUGUAUCUCAUGUAACAAACACACUGUGGAAACGAUGUACAGCCGUGGGACUCCUUUUCUACAGUAAUACCCCCGUCAGCAGAAGUACUCCGCCUUUUCUCACCAGUGCUGUGGUUUUGUAUCUUGCAGGUGAGCUGUCAGUUGAGAAAGGAAACUGAGUGUUUAGGAAAUUGCUCCUUCCUUAAUGUGAGGCAAGGCUACAGGAGUCUGCAGAAGCAAGUACCCUUUUAAUUCUCAUGUACAACGACCAAGUCUCGUAGCUAGAGCUGGAAAUCGGUGAUAUUAGUACGUUAAUUAUUUGAUACACCCAAGAAAAGUUGUGUAACCAAUAGCUUGUUUUCAAAGGUAACAUAAAUAAGUCAGCACAGCUUGUAGGAAAUCUUUGUGUACGUGUUAAAGAGAGCACGUGUGUUAGAGUAGAUGAGUCUGCAGCAGCUCUGUAGGACCCGCAUGGGAAGGAGGAGCCCAGGGUAAGGCUGGACGCUGCGUGUGUGGCUGCACUGAGCAGUCCUCCCAUGUCCUGACACUCCAGGUCACUUCAGUCCUUGGAUACAGAUCUCUGAACAUCCGACACGUUCCAUGCUUUGAUUUUCUAGAGCAGAAGGUUUGUAAGUUCGAUACCUUUUUGUAUUCUGUGUUGAAGCACUUUCUGGACUUUAUGGAAAUGGUUCUGUGGAUCUGCAGUAGUGGAAAUGAAGGUUAUUAACCCAACCUGCUUCUCCCAAAGGGCUACUGUGAAAAGAAAUGGUGGGCCUAUGACAUGAGUGAUUGUACUUUCUCUCUGUACUCAGGUUCUGGUUUGAAGUAACAGUUGAGGUUUGCUCGAUGCCAGUCCGGUGAACCUUUCACAGCAAUUUCAGCUGUCAUACUAUGGGUUUUUUUCUUUGGCUCCAGGAAUCUCCUACCAAUCAGUCUUAAAUAGACAAGAAAUAAAAAUUCCAGAUCCUGGUGGUGAUGCAUCUCAAGAGGUUUUUGUUCUUUAAGGCUUGGGCUCUUCACUCCAUACUUCUGGGAGGCAGAUGGGGGAGCAGCCCUCUGCAUGCUUGGAUGUUCUUCCAGGGGAAAAUAAAAUGCCAAACCUGCUCAGCAUUAGAUCCUGUACUAAUACCACACACCGAGCACAAGCCUGUGCCAGGAUCCUAAGAACAGCAGUCUUCAGUAAAUACUGCAUUUAAGUACUAUGAUUUUUCUCUUUGUCUUAAAAUGUAAUUUCCCCCUGAAGUAGGUGUUAACUCAAUUCUUCUAAUGAAAGCGACAUUUAUGGGUUCUAAUAAAUUAAGUUGUUUGAAGUA